AUGCAUAUCCAAACAUUUCUUGCCCUCGCCGGCUCGGCCACCCUGACUUGUGGUCUAGCUCUACAGGAGCGGGCAAGUGCUGCAGCGUACACCACAGACAAGGACCUCAACUACAAGAACUCGCCGAUUGGCGCACCCGUCUCUGGAAACGGCAGUCCAAAUGGCAGAGCAACUUGGAAACUCAACAUCGACGACACCUCGUCAGGUUGCAAGCAGACGAUCGAUGGCUUUGGUGGCUGUGUCACCGACGCAACAGUGACCAGUUUCAAUACCCUAUCGAGCGGUGCACAGAGCUCUCUACUCAAGGAAAUGUCCCACUUCAGCUUACUACGACACACGAUCGCAUCUUCCGACCUCUCUGGUGACCCGGCUUACACAUACGACGAUAACGGUGGCAACGCGGACCCCUCAUUGUCUGGCUUCAACCUCGGAGACCGUGGCAAUGCCAUGACCACCCUGCUGAAGUCGAUGAAGAAUUUGAACUCCAAGAUCAAGAUUCUUGGAAGUCCAUGGAGUGCUCCUGGCUGGAUGAAGCUGAACAAAGUGAUCACUGGAACGACUAACCAAAAUAAUUUGAACGACGGCUAUCUGGACAAUAGCGGUCCUGGAUAUUCUCAGGCGUUUGCACAGUACUUCGUGAAGUACAUUCAGGCUCUCAAUAACCGUGGCGUGUCAAUCGACGCCAUCACCGUCCAGAACGAACCGCUGAACUCCAAUGCAGGAUUCCCGACCAUGUACAUGUUUGAUUAUGAGCAGGCCCAAUUGGUCAACAACUACGUCGGUCCUGCAUUGAGGAAUGCCGGAAUAGGCGCAGACGUUUGGGCCUACGAUCACAACACUGAUCACCCAGAAUACCCCGAGCGAGUGAUCAACGGUGCGGGCAACUACGUCGGCGCCGCAGCCUGGCACUGCUACGCCGGCACCUUGAACUGGACAGUCCUCACAGAUUUCCACAACAAGUUCCCCAACAAGAAACAAUACAUGACAGAGUGUUACACGACAAACACCACUGGACUGAACUGGGUCGCCGGCUUCGUCAUGGGUCCACUCCAGAACUGGGCUUCGGGCAGCAUCGCUUGGACUCUCGGCACCACGGACAAGAAUGGACCGUAUCUCUCUGCUGAAACUGGACCCUGCAAGGUUUGCCGUGGUUUAUUCACGACUAGCAACGGCAACUACCAGCUUAAUGUCGACUACUACGUGAUGGCGCAGUUCAGCAAGUAUAUUCCCGUUGGCGCCACUGUGCUCAGCGGAAGUGGAAGCUACAACUUCGACAAUGGCGGAAUUCAAUCUGUUGCUACGAGAAAUCCGGAUGGUAGCCGUACGGUGGUUAUUCAUAACUCUUUUUCGAAUGAUGUAUAUGUUACGUUGACGACCAAGAGUGGACAGACUUGGAGUGGGAAUACACCGGCGAACUCGGUCACUUCUUGGAUCCUGCCGUAG